AGCGCCGCCGUCGCCGGCGAUGGCGGCAUGGGCAGCACUCUUGGCGUGCCACGUGGCAGGCUUUGGCGUCAUUGCGGUGGACUGGGUCGCCUGGAAAGAUGGCAAGAGCCAAGGCUUGCCGGGACCCAGCUGGAAGCCGGUGUCAUGGUCUGACCGCUUCCAGCAGAUGCCCUGGGAAGUGCCGGGCAAGCCCAACGCCUACCGCAACUUCUUCCCAGGCGCCACGCACUACACGCUUGGCACAGCAGGCCCGGAAUUUGUGAAUCUGGAAGUGUGGCAGCCCUUCUCCGAGAGUCCCCCAGACAGCGCGGUGUGUGCCAACAUUCGGGGGGCGCUGCUCAACCUCUACCGAAACCAGCUGCAUCGCGUGGCAGUGACCAUCCGGAAUGUAGGCUGGAACGGGGUCGGGACGAAGAAGAUUUGCGAGCCGAACCAGGGCUGCCCCACUGUGAUGCUACUGGGUGCCAGUCAAUUUCCGCAGAGGGUCUUUGCAGACCGUGCGCUGCCACUGAACCAUUUCAUGCAAGAGUACCUUCAGACCAAGCUGAUGCGGCUCCAGGAUGACUUUCCGAGCGUGGCCUUCUACCAGUACCUCUUCGAUUCAAACUGGAUGGGGAUCCCUUUCAUGACGGACGUGCGGCUCAUCGCUUUCAACCGUACCACCUUCGAGAACCUCAAGCUGCCGCUGCCCCCGCCCUAUGGGCGGCACUGGAGUUGGCAGUCAGCGUUCGAUGCAGCGUGCAGAAUCAAGGAUGAGUACGGCGUGCCAGGGCUGCUGGCGAACGCAGACUAUGCGGAGGACUUCAAGUUCUUCACCCUGAUGGUCCAGUCCAAGGGGAGCGCCCUGUACCGGGUCAGCGGCGAAGGAGACUCCCGGGUGGCGAAGAGCGGCUUGGGCUCCGAACAGGCCAAAGAUGUCAUGGAGAACUUCUGGAUGCCCAUCAUCUCCAGGGGCUGCUUGCGGGCACACGAUGGGGGUGCCUACUGGAAGGGUGUGGAACCACCCAGUGCCGAGCUGAUUGACAAGAUCCUCGACCCAGAGACGAUCAACCCCAUGCACCCGCCUAGAGUAGCAAAUUUUUCCAACUACCGCUACCGACUUGCCGACGGGAAGCGGGCGGUGGUCUACGGCCUGGUGCUGGCCAGCGGCUUUGAUGAGGGCCUGCUGGUGGGAGUGUGCACCAAGGAAAUGAUGAAAGACGUGGACUUUACAGACCGAGACACCUGCGAAGGCAGGGGCUCCAUGGUAGUGAAAGACGACGACGACUGCAAGUACCAGAUGCUGCUGGCUGAGGUCGACUCCUUCCGGCUAUCAGACUCCAACCUGUGCGAAGUGUACCUCUGCGGGACGGGACGGGCCGUGGCGAGAUUGUUCAACAUGUCCAAGAACACGACCGUCUACUCUGAGCACUGCAGCGAGAUCAUGUACGCGAGCAUGCCAGAUAAGCGCACCUAUCAAGGAGGUUCUGCGCUGAUGAUGCCCAAAUUCGUGGGGCAGUUUCCCAUGUGCCACAACUAUGCUGGGCGUAAAGAUGAGGCGUGCCGGGAGCAGAGGGAGGGCUGGGAGAUCAUCAUGGAGCUGACGGACAUCCACAAGCCCUGGAUAAGUCAAGCCAACCUAAUGAAGGAGCAGAGUUUGCCUCCGCCGCGGCAAAGCCUCUCACAAUCGCUUGCGAAGAACUGGAUUUGGAAACCCGUGGUGGACGCACUGGACAUGGGCAUCCCCUCCCAGUACCCCAACGUGCCAAUCCCUGCAAGCUCCCAGCUGGAGGAUCUGAAUCCGAUCCGCAUCGCACUGCUGCGGCGCAUCUACGGGAAUGUGAGCUCCCAGAGGGCGCGGCAAGAAGCGUCCAGCAUCAUCGAUGAGCUGGUGCGUCCCUGCAAUGCGUCGAGGUGGAAGAAUGACCCGCGGUGCCAAAACCCCCUGGACGGCGAUCCGGGGUGCUUUGCCGGGCAGAAGCUCAUCUCAGACGACCUGGGGACCAUCCUGUGCGAGCACUGCUCCGCAGGGCAAUUCCGCGAGGAGCGUUCUGUGGACCAGGCCUGCGAGCCCUGCCCCUUGGGCCGCUUCAGCUCAUCCGUCGGCAGCAGCUCCUGCGAACAGUGCCCUGAGGGGCUGGUGGCCAGCAUCACAGGUGCGACGGCCUGCUUCGGCUGCUUGCCUGGACAAGCGCCCAUGGACAAAACCUGCCGGGACUGCUUGGCCGGGACCUACCAGGACAGCGGUCUCUGUAUGCCGUGCCCUUCAGGCUACACUUCGCCGCCAAAGAGCGCUGCAAAGGAGCAUUGCAUGCCAAAGCCUGUGCUGAUCUGGGUGAAUUUGGCCAUCCUUGUGCUUGUGCUGUCGCUGGCCUUUUUGCUGCCUUUCGCUCUCGGCCGACCAACGCCCAUCGCCGACGUGUACCUGAACGGGGGCCGGCUGGCACUGAAGACGUGGGGCGCUCACCGCGUGAGCAGACACCAGCUGCUGCCAGUGAAGGUGCGCCUCCAAAACACUGGCCACUACCUGCUGGACGGGCACAUCUUUCGGGUGCAGCGGCAGGACGAGGACGUGGUGUGGCUGCUUGAUAGCGAAGGCCAGCACAUCUCCACAGACAUCAACUCGUCCAUGGGCACCAUGCGGAUCCUGCCAUGCUGCACGCUUUGGGGCGUCAGCUUCGGCCGCUUGCCGCUGCUGCCGGUGUUGCUGCUGAAAAUCCUGCCGCUCAUACUGGUACUCGCAUGGGCCGCAGGGAAUGCGGAGGCGGAGGCCAUGCAUUUGCGCUGGCUGCUUCCCACCUGCAUUUUUGGCAUCAUUGCCGUGCUGUGCUGCAGCUACUACGCUUGGCGUACGCUUCUGACCGAGACGCCGCUGGCCCGGCGGCUGAGGAGCUUCCGGGAGACUUUGUUGAAGGCGAACCCGGCGCCCCGGGUCACACCCAGAGGGCCAAGCCGCGCCAUAGCCGCGGACCAGAUUCAAGACCUUCUGGACACCUUCCGGGACUUUAUCGGCCACCGCAACAUGCACUACGUGGCCAACAACCUGUUGCUUCCCCUCACGGAAGCCCACCGGCUGAGCUAUGCAGAGCUGGUGGGACCCUGCCAGGUCCAGUGGUUCGUAUCGCACUGCUGGAACAACGCCUUCGCUGACUUCGUGCGGGCCCUGCAGAAGGUGGCCAUUGGCACGCAUCCUCGUGAGGGCGUGUCCUUCUGGAUUUGCACGUUCAGCAACAACCAAUGGCAAGUCCAGGCGGAGCUGGGGGACGGGGACCCCCUGAGCUCGUCCUUCUUCCUGGCGCUGCAGAGCCCCGGCUGCCGGGGCACCGCCAUGGUGCUGGACCAGAACUGCGAGCCCCUGCGCCGGUCCUGGUGCCUGUUCGAGCUGUUGCAGACCCACUUCGUGUCGGACUCCAGCGAGAGAGUGGGCUACCAGGGCCUACUGCUAUGCACACCUGCUGGCAUUCUGCAAUGGGGUAACGCGGAUGUGGACACCGUGCUGAAGCUGGCUGAGAAGAUGGGCAGCAUCCGCCUGGAAGAUGCGCAGGCCACGCGGCCGGAGGACAAGGCCAUGAUUGAUCGGUGCGUGGAGCAAACCGUUCCUGGCGGCUUCGCAGAGGUAAACCAAUUUGCGCGCGAGAGCAUCCGGACUGUCUUGGACCAGGCGAACUGUUCCUUCCAGUCACGAAUCAAGGACCUCAUGAGCACCCUCGAGGUCGGCACCUUCCCUCGUCUCUUGGGCCGCCGGCCUGAGGGCAGCCCUAGUAAGAAGAGCGAUGUUGCUGUCACUCUGUAGACAGCUGUCGGCUGGUCGGCUUGGUGAUGGCUUGUGUGUUGCUCGCCAGCUACUACCUUUGUUUUGUGCUUGCAUUCUGGGCAAAUCCAGGCCGAUGUGUAGACAGGCGUCCCAAGACUUUCAGUGUGCGCCCGCACCGCGCCUGACAGACGUUCAUGCGUUUAUCAGCCGACGGGUUCACUUGAUUUAAAAGCAC